GAUGUGGCGUAACGUGGGUGGGGGGUGCGGACGCUGAAGUUUUGAACCAUUUUGAGCGGUGGAAUCAAUGCUUGAUUUUUGAAUAACCCGAUCUCCACUCUGUUUUGAAACCGAGCGUACAGGUCAGUUAUAAGAGCUCCCUGUACAAGCUAACAUAAGCAGCGUUAGCCACUCGAGUGUAUUACAUUACGUGUUACUAACCUUGGUAACUAGCUAACCAUGUACUCACCCCCCCGGGACACCAUGAGCAAAUAUGAGGAAUCAUGGGACACCCUGGACACUGAGUUUGACCAUUAUUUGCUGGACAUGAAGCCAUAUGUCCUCAAACAUCCAAACAAGACAGAGCGCCAGCGGUGUGCCAUAUGGAUAAAGAAACUGUGUGACCCGGCCACAUGUGGUUCAGGUCUGAUAGGUCGGAAGAACCGUAACAUGUACGCCCGCUUGCUCCUUCACAUGCUUAAAAGAGGUGUCCUGGACUUGCCUUUCACUAGCAAACCAGAGCCUGGCAGCCUCAAAACUCUCCCUGCCUAUAUGUCCAUCUACUUUGAUGAGCCACUGACUGGUCGGUCUGUGGCGCACAGCAGUGUAGAUCUGCCUGACUGGGUGACAGGAGAGCUGGGUGGCUAUAAUGAUGACAGUUUGACAGUUGGUCUGCUUAAGGACAGGAGCAGUUGCACACCUGUUGCAGCUCAACACAGAAGAAGGGUGUAUGACAAAAAGACCCCACCUCGACCCAUGUCCUCCAGUCCACUCAAACCAUCACCCAGACAUGAUGCCAUAACGGUGGAUGAGGGGCUGAAGGCAGAUAUGUCUCAUGAUGACAGUGACCUGGAGGCUCGUCUCAACAGCUGGAACCUGGGGAUUGAAAACCCCAGGUAUUUGCGAGAGAAGCCCAUUCCCUUGUCUCCGAUUUUCAAGUCGAGCUUUGGGAGGAACAGCACCUUAGCUGAUGAUCAGGGUUCACAUCUUGUACAGAACAAGGAGACUGAAAUGAAGUUCAAAGUUCUGGAGGCCAAGCACCAGGAGGAGAAACUGAGGAUGCAGCAGAAGCAUGAUGCAUAUGUUGAGAAAAUUCUGGACCGAAAGAAUGGUGAGAUUGAGGAGAUGAAGAGGAUGUACCGGGCCAAGCAGAAAGAAUCGGAGGAGAUUAUCCAUAAGCUGGAGAAGAAAGUUCAAAGUGUGCUGCGAGAAUCCCAGGUCAUCUGCGAGAGCAAAGAGAAGCAGAUUGCUGAGCUGAAGAAGAUGUCUGAUCAGAGCACCGAUUCCAUAAAAAACGAGUGGGAGAAGAAGCUGCAUGCUGCUGUGACAGAGAUGGAGCAAGAAAAGUUUGAAUUGCAGAAGAAACACACUGAGAACAUUCAGGAGCUGCUGGAGGACACCAACACCAGGCUGGCCAACAUGGAGGCUGAAUAUAAUACUCGGUCACAGGCAACUGAGCAAACAGUGCGUGAGCUGGAGCUGCGAGUAAAACAGCACUGUCUGGACGUGGAGAAGGGAAACGCACUACGUCAAAAGGUGACACAGGAGAAGGCCCAUUUGGAGAUCCACGUUGCGUCCCUCAGUGCAGAACUGCAGGAGGCCAACAGACGAAAUAUGAUUCUGCAGAAGGAGAAGGAGCAGAAGAGCGAGCAACACGAGCAGACUGUGCAGAAGCUCUUGUCCAAACAUGAGACUGACAUGAGCCACUUACAUCAGGAACAUGCUCUUUCUGCUGCUAAGGCCUCUGAGGUGAUGGAGGACUUUGAGAAAACCAUAGCUCAGCUUAAACAGCAGCUCCUGGAUAGUGAACAUCGAAGACAACAACAAGUCAGAGAUGAAGGGAUAAAGUUUCAGCAGGAAAAAGAAGAACUGCAGAUCAACUGUGAGAAAAAGGUAGUUUUGGCAAUCCACACUGAGGCAGAAAAAGAAAGGAUAGAGGCCAAGAGGAAGAUAGCCAAACUUGAAGAUGCACUCAGGGAGAUGGAGAGCCAGCUGGACAGAGCCAGAGAGAGCCAAAGGCAGCAGAUCCAACAGGCAGAUAUGGCACUGGAGCAGUUCAAGAAACAGGUGGAGCUCAGUUCUGAGAAAGCCUAUGCUGACAUGAAACUCCAGAUGGAUAAGGUAGAGGAGGACCUGAUCCGCUCCAAGUCCCUCAGGGAGAACCAGGCCAAAGACUUUGCGCAGCAACUUGAUGCACUCAGACAAAAAUAUGAGCAGCAGAUGGCUGAGCAGCGCAUGCAGCACGAGCAGGAGAGGACGCGGCUACAGCAGCAGCACAGCGCGGAAAAGGACAGCCUGGUCCAGGAGCGCCAGCGGGAGGUGAGCAGCCUCGAGAGGCAGGCCAGGGCCGCCCUGCAACAGCACCAAGAGCACACCCAGGAGUGGAGGAAGCGCGAUGCCCAGAGGAUCUCAGAUUUGGAAGCCCAGUUGUCAAGUCUCCGUGAAGAACUCCAGAGUGCAUAUGCACAACAUAAACAACAGUUGGCUGAAAUGGCAGUACUCCAGGAGGAGGAAAAACAAAGGGUGUUCCUGGACAAAGAGGCAUCCCUGGACCGGCUCCAUGCUGACAUGGACCGCAUCCGCAGUGACCUUCAGAGAAGCCACCAGCAGGAGAAGGAUGCUGCUCAAGAGAAGACCAACAGCAGGUUGAAGCAGAUUGAGAAGGAGUAUAGUCUGAAGCUCACCAAGUCUGCCCAGUUAAUUGCAGACCUGCAGACAUCUGUGUGUGACUCAAAGGAGGAGGCUGUUCGUCUGCAGCGGGCGAUGGAGAAGCAGUUGGAGGAGACGAAUGCUCGGUGGGAUGAAGAAAGAAGGACAAUGACUCAGCACGCUGAUGCGGCGAACAAGGCUCUGCAGGAAAAGGUGGAAAGUCUACAGAGGCAGCUGCACUGCUCAGAGAAGAAGCUGCUUAGCAAAGAGCUCGAAACUGAAGAGAAGGUAACUGUGGUGCGUAAGGAGUACGAGGAGAGGAUCAAAGGUUUGAUGCCAGUGGAGCUCAGACAGGAACUGGAGGACACCAUCGCUUCUUUGAAAGCUCAGGUUAACUUCCUUCAGAAGAGAGCCUCUUUGCUACAGGAAGACCUGGAUGCCUGUCGCAGCAGGAGGUAACCACGGGAGCAUCGCAGCCUGAACCUCUGCCUGGAUAUGAAGGAUAGCACAUCCAAUCAGAUGUGAGCAUUAUUGACUGUUAUUUUACACACCUGUCAUGCCAAUUGGAGCAUCCAUCUCUUAGUUUUAUGUGCAGUUGUCGCCCAUGGUUAUAACAUGAACUAUUUAUUCACUGUCAGAUUUUAGUUUUGCUCUGUCUGGUUAGAAAAAUAUAUAUAUUGUUAAAUUCACAAAAGGUUAUGUUGUUCAGUUUUUUUUAUUUUUUAAUAUCAUUAACGUUACUGAUACAUGAUAUUAAGCAAAUGUCAUAUUCUUACCAAAACCCAUCAUUUUUGAUUAAAGGAUUUUCAUCAU